AUGAAGUUCCUCCAAGAUUCGGCCCCGAAGGCGGUCAAGGAGCAACCCGGCCAGGCUGCCUACACCGGUCGACUGGUGGCGAUCGAUGCCAGCAUGUGCCUCUACCAGUUUCUGAUCAUGAUCAGAGAGAACAGAACGGGAACGUAUAACAACCUCACAAACGAGGAGGGGCAGGUCACAUCUCACAUCAUUGGGAUGCUCACACGCACGAUUCGAUUGAUGGAGAAUGGGAUCAAGCCCGUCUACGUCUUCGAUGGCAAGCCUCCUGAGAUGAAGCUGCUGGACUUCAAGGGUGGGAGUUUGGGGUGCGCGGCCGGGGAAGCCGGGAUUUUCCCAUAG